AAUGAAACUUCUGAAUGAUUUUUUUCCCUCAACAACACCAUUUCAUCUAUUGGAAAAUGGGUUCAAGGAGGACAGCAACACGCUUGUCUUUUGGGAAUGGAAGGUCUAGCAAUGGAGAUGAUGUCACUGGAAGUAGACGGUCUAGUGGCUGCAGCUACCUCAUUAAUGUGAGGCCAGAAAACAGGAGCACACUCUGCAGUGUGAUGGCACAGUUAACGGAAGAAAAGCAGCCCUCUUUUGUGACUACCCUUAAGUCAAAAGCUGUGUCAGAAAGUUGCAAUGUGAAGUUCUCCUGUGUGGUUACAGGAUACCCUGCUCCUCAGGUUAUGUGGUAUAAGGAUGACACACAGCUGGACAGAUUCUGUGGGUUGCCUAAAUAUGAAAUAUUCCACAAUGGACAAAAUCAUUCCCUGCACAUUUACAAAUGCACUGUGGAGGAUGCAGCUAUAUACCAGGCCUCAGCCAUCAACAGCAAAGGAAUUGUGUCCUGCUCUGGGGUUCUGGAAGUAGGCGAAAUGAACGAGUUUAAAAUCCACCAGCGUUACUUUGCCAAACUGAAACAGAAGGCAGAGAACAGGCGAAAGGAACCAGAGGGUAAAGAAAACCAGGAGCCGCUGAGAACCAUCAGUCCAGACCGCACACAGAGGAAACGACGCUCAACAAUGGAGGCCUUUCUCAGUACUCCAAGUUCUAUGGAAGAUGAAGGCAAUGAGGAAAACCAUCAGGCUGUAGCUUUAGAGACUGAACACAGGUUACAGGAAGCCACUGUGAAGGAAGUUGAGAAAAAAACAGUCCAAGUCACUAAUGGAGAGAUGUCUAUGACGAAUGGACAGACUAACAAUGACAAUGGCAGUAAGAGUGGGACAUACAUAUAUGAUUCUGUCCAUAAGACUUUUACUGCACACCACCCAUCAAAAUCUCCCUUUGUUAAGAAGAAAAUUAAAAUUUCCAACAGCACAAAAAUAGCUAAAUCAGAUAUUAUGGGAGAGGGGGUGUCCAGUGAGACAAGGGCAAAAGAUGAGACUUCCAAUGCUGUAGCUCCCUCCUGCAAAGAGGCAACACAGACCAAUGGGACCUCAGAAGAAGUUAUGGAAAUAGAAAAUGAUGUUAGUUCAUUAACUUUGGAUUCAAACUUUGGAGACAUGAAAGAAGAACAUGAGAAGCCAGUAGAAGAGGAAAGUAUGGUUGCUCUAAAGGAGGAUAACACAUGUAUCGAGGUAACUGAAUCUUUACAAAAAGAAAAUCUCACAGUCUCAGUGCCCCCUGUUGCUCUUUCGUCUCCAAGUGACAUUAAGCCAGGAACUGAAGGCAAAAAAGCUGCAAAACAUGAAAUGAAAAGUGAUCACAAAGGUACUGAGGAAACGUUGGAAAUUUGUAUUAGUUCAACCCAAAAAAAGUCAAGCAUCAAAUCAACAGCGCUCAACAUAUCUAAGGAGAACAUUCAUACAACGGAACACAUCCCAACCAUGGAAAUUAAUGGCAAGUUUAAAGCAUCCUCUGGUGGAUGUUUCACAGACAGCUCCAAUGAAUCAGGGGGCACACCAUGGGAUACAAGGACUGCUUUGCUUCAGCGUCCAUGUGAAUUGGCUGGAAAUCAGCUGUCUGAGAAGGAAACAAGGCUCUGCCAAAAAAUGGAGUCAGUGUCUCGAUCGGCUGUGCCAAGUGAGGUUACACAGGCCCAUACAAAGACGAACAGGAAUGACGCACCUGCCAACCUUAAGCUGCCACCUGACCAGUGUACGACCGAACCACAACUGCCACAAAAGACAGACGACAUCCAGACCUCACCUUUAUGCAGUGAUCUUCAGACACCUGCUGACAAAAUGGCACAGGAAACAUGGGAAAAUUCCAGAGAAUCAAAUGAAAGCCAUUCUGUACUUCUUACACGCCUACAUCAGUCACCGCUUGAAAGCCCUGACAGUGGCAAGAACACCCCAGGGUGUAAUGUUUCGCCAGCCAUCCUGCAAAGCCAUGUUGAUACAGCAAUAAAAACUGUUGAAGGGACAGAAAUACAAGAUACUGAGAAGGUAGCGGGUAAUGAGGUAGGUGAGUUAUUUGUACAGACUGACAGUGUGGCCCCAAGUGAGAAGAUAGCUGAAACUGAGACUAAACCUGCUGCUCUACACAUGAAUGAAGCUGAAGCAGGAAAUGUAAAAAGUGCAAAAAAUAACGACUCAGUUGCAUUAGCAAUGGAUGCUACAUAUAUAGAAACCAUGAAGAAUGGACUAAUAUCAAAAGUGGUGGAGAAUACCAGUUCAGAAUUACAAAAACUGAAUUCAGAGACAUUUGAAACUUCUGCCACACUCCUAACAAAGAUCCCCAAAAGCAUAAAAUCACUGGAACAUAAUGUGGACUUUAACGAAAUUACAAAACCUGUGACAAAAGUUAUAUCAAUUGCUGAACUUUUGAGGUCCCAAAUCAAGGCACUUGAAGCAACACAGGAAAAAAAUGCCUCCAGCAUACCAGUCCAUGUCAAUAUCACACAAGUUCCUAAUCCAUCAGUCACAGGAGCAUGUCAGGAAUUUGGAGCUGAUAACAGAGAAUGUAAACUGGAAGUGAAGACACUGAAGUCUAACAAGGAAAUUAAGAGCACUGACAAUAUGCCUCCCAUGAACAUAAAGGCAACACUUAUGAAGAUUUAUCAGCAACUGAAUAAAACUGAAUAUGAGCAAACCACAACGUCAGAUGCAACUUCAGCAACAGUUCGGGAUUUGUGUGAGCCAUCUGUGAAUCCACCUCUAUCUCUAAAAGAAACUGGUGCAGAUGUAGACCUAACUGAACUCCAUCAAAAUGCCAGAAAAGAUAAUGAAGUUGUUAUGGAGAUUAGCCAGGAGACUGAGGCAUCAACUAAGAUUUCUGUAACCGAAUGCUCAGUUGAAGCUUCCCAUUCUGGGAGUAAAAAUGUAAAACACAGUUUUUUUACCUCGACUUCAGAUAUUGAAGUUACUGAUAGGUUUCAGUCAGUUUCAAAUUCACCUGAAAAUGCCAUACAUGAAUGUGGGUCUCCACUUACAGUGACACAUGCAAAGGCCAGUAUUCAAGAGGAGAAUGCUACAAUUUCAGAAGAAAUCAAAGAUGAACCUGUUCAAGACCAGGAAGUUGGAUUAAUACAUAAACUAAUCCCAGAAAUAAAACUAAACAGCAAAAUGGAAAGGGGAAAUACAGAAAGUAAUAUGAGAAUGCUUCAUGAUCAGCAGAAAAUGGAGGAAUGCAACAUAAACAUAUUUUCUUUACAGAAAGUAGAUAAUCACUCAUCUGAAGGUGAAUUUAGCAUUGGCACACCAAAGAAUGAUAUUCCUCUAAUUCAGCAGGAAAGCUCAGCGGUUAGGGAAAGUUUGAAAGUGGACUCCUGUAUAAAUUCAACUCCAGAGCCUAGUCCACGGUUAAAGAAAAUAAAUGAUGUUUCUCCAAUCCCCUCUGCUACUCCACAAGAGUUAGCCUCUGGGGCACGCCGCAAAAUCCUUACACUUAAGGCCAAACCUGAGGAAACUGCAGAGUACACAUCACCCACUGACUUCCAAACUCUAAUUAAGGAGGUACAUGGCCAGAGCAGCAAGCUCUCCACAAGUUCAUUGACCCUCUCCGUGUCUCCAAGCCUGUCUCGACAGUCACGUUUACAGCAGCAAGCUGAAGAACAAACCUCCUCAGCAGAAAGGUGUGUUCCAUCCAUCACCAGACGGAAGACAACAUCUGAAACUCAAGAACCAGGUCAGCAAAUUACUGAGGAGAUUCACAAUGAGGGUAAACCUGCAGAGAAGGACAAGCAUGACCCAUUUAAAGCUCCUCAAGUUAUCCGUAAGAUCAGGGGUGAGAUAUUUGCAGAUGCCUCAGGACACUUGAAACUGUGGUGCCAGUUCUUCAACAUCCUUAGUGACUCUGCAAUCAAGUGGUACAAAGAUGAAGAGGAGAUUGCUCAGGUUAAAAGAAAUGCAGGGGAUGAAACUCAGCUCAAUCUUGCCAUUGUUCAGGCAUCAUGCAAAGACUCUGGUGUUUAUGGAUGCUCCAUAACAAAUCAACAUGGGACAGACUCCACAGACUUGCUUCUCAGUGCAGAUAUAUUGGCUGGCAUGUCCCUGCGUGAGGAUCUUGGUGUUGGAGAGGAAAUCGAAAUGACGCCGCUAAUAUUCAACAAGGGUUUGGCAGAUUCUGGUGUCUGGGGAAACAAAUUCUUCGGACGUAUAAUGAUGACAGAAUCUCAUAUUGGAGAUGGCUGCUCCCAUAAAGUCUGGAGAGCGAAGGUCAUCUAUGGUCUGGAGCCUGUGUUUGAGUCCGGUAACACAUGUAUCAUUAAAGUACGUAGCCCUAUCACAUAUGGAGGCAAAGAGGAAAGCUGUCUCAUAGACAGGAACCUGGACAUGAUGAAGCAGGAAUGUAAAAUCCAAAAUUUGGCUCGGGAAUACUGCAAAAUCUUCUCUGCAGAGGCAAGAGUCAUAGAAAGCUUUGGAUCCUCUCUUGAGGUAAUACCAAUCUACUUGAUGUACCGACCAGCAAACACAAUCCCCUAUGCUACAGUGGAGACUGAUCUGACAGGAGUUUAUAAGAAAUAUUCUGUCCUGGAUCGUACAGGCAAGAUAGACAUGAGAACUGGCUCUGAGGUGGAGCAGAAGUGCUGUACAUUGCAGCACUGGAUCUUUCAGUGGACUAAUGGCAAUCUGUUACUCAGUCAGCUAGAAGGUGUUGACACUAAGAUCACCAAUGUUGGAAUUUCAGUCAAAUCAACAGGGCAUCAAGGUUUAUCUGUUGAAGGGGACCCCAAAGUUUUUGAACAGUUUGUCUCACAACACAAGUGCAACUACUUCUGUGGUCUGCUUGGUUUGAAAUCUCUAAAGGUCAUGGAUUCUUUAAUGACACCAACAAAGCCAAAGGGAUCCAGAAGCCCCUUACUUCAACGCAAGAUGACUGCCGGCUCUUCCAGCCCUCAGACCAGCAGGAAAGCUGCUGGAAGCCCCAGGGUGCCCAGGAAGUCUGAGCAAGAUGGCAAGAAGACUCCCACCAAACAAAAAGCUACGGAUCUUCCUAAAAUGGCCAAGACAGCAUAGAAUAAACAUCACUUAAUAAGACUUUGAAGAUCAGUAUAUUCACACAACUCAAGAGUAGUUUGUUGGAUCCUUAGCGGAUCCCAACAGCGAAGAACAAAGAAAUUUAUUAAUUUUUUGGCUCAACUAUUUAAUUUAAUUGUCACCAUUCCUUGUUUUUUUUUUUGUUUUUUGUUUUGUUUUUUGCCACUUGCCAUGGUGAAUCUCUGUUUUAUGCUUCAUUCAUUUUUAAAAUUAAGAGCAAAAACUGUUGGGUAGGAAAGGGUCUCCUUCAGAGAAUUUUGUUCCACAGUUAAGCUCCAUGGAUCACAGAUUUGGAUCCAUCUCAGGCCAGUGGAUAUUUACUACAUGAAUGCCUCUUUGACUAAAGUGGCAUUAUUUGGUAUUUACUGUUUGCAUAAUUAAAAAAAAAUUGCCUCAAUAUGUAGUAAGCCUUUGGUCAUAUUGCACAUUUUUAAAGCUGGGAGAAGUUAAUUACUUUCAAGAGUGUAUAAAACCAAAUGUAGCUUCACAUGACACUGUUAUACAGUGGCAAAUGGUGCUGUGCUUUUAUAAUAUAACCUGACAUGUUUACUUGCUAUUCUACUUUGCACUUUGCAUUUCUAGAAACUGCACCUUUGAACUCAACUGGCUGUACAAUAAAAGAUACAACUGCAUUUUUUUU